AUGACAGAUCCAUGCAACUAUCGGCCUCAGCUCUCGGUCCUCAUUGUGGGCUGUGGUCUUUGUGGCCUGGCUUCCGCAUUGGCUCUUGCUCAGGCCGGUCACCGUGUGACGAUUGGUGCCGGGAUACAGUUAUCCCCCAAUGCGACGCGUCUGCUUCAGCGCUGGGGUGUCUUCGAGGAGGUCCUUCAAUAUGCAGCCCAACCAGAGGCCGGGACAUUCCGCUCCUAUCGAGGAGACAUGCUCUCACAGUCGCUGCCUGUAUCUCAUCCGACACUGGUCCGUGAGGAGGCCCCUUACAUCGUGAUUCACCGUGCCGACCUCCUGAGAGCCUUGCUGUCGGGGAUGGAGCGACAUGGCAUAACUCUCAAACUGAGCAGCGAAGUCAAGGAGAUCAAUUUCCACAAGCCGUCCAUACGCCUUUCCAAUGACGAGGUCUACGAGGCGGAUCUGAUCCUGGGUGCGGACGGGGAGAGGUCCCGCUGCAGGGGCAUCCUGCUGGGUCGUGAGGACCCUCCUCACAGUCCUGGCGACGUCGUGUACCGGAUUUCCGUCCCUACCAAGAACAUAGCGGAGGGCCAUGCCGCUUGGGACCUGAAAAGAAGAUGCAGCGUCAACUUCUGGAUGGGACCAGGUGGUCACGUCGUCUCGUACCUCAUUCAGCACGAUAUACUCAACCUGGUUCUGGUGUACACCGAGGGUGCAGGCGGCAAGGUCAUGUACGGGCCGCAGCGAGCAGACCUAGACGAGUUCAGGAGCAAGAUCGUCAACUGGGACCCCGUGCUUCAUGAGCUCAUCAACGUUCCAGGAUCUGUCUGCACCAAGUGGACUCUGUUCCAGAUCCAUGAAGUGAUCCAGUGGCGCCAUGAGAGUGGACGAUUCGUGCUGAUUGGUGACGCCGCUCACGCGAUAUUGCCGUGCUUAGCGCAGGGCGCUGCGCAGGCUUUUGAAGAUGCAGGCGUCCUGGGAGCGAUAUUCAGCCAGCCGGUGGGCCGUGACCAGAUUCCCGACGCUCUCCGGGUGUUCGAGGAGGUCCGCAAACCACGAGCCUCAGAUGUCCGACAUUGCACAUUGGAACAGAAGGCCAUGUUUGCUCUUUCGGAUGGCCCAGGCCAGGAGGAGCGCGAUGCGGGACUUCGCGCGGGUGCGGACCAUGGGCUGUUCAGGUGGCUCUGGGAGUAUGAUGCCGCCGAAAGCGGUAGAGAGGCGUGGGAAGCAUUCUUGAACAAGGCCCGCGAAGACGGGAUCGAGCCUCGCCAUGAUAACUAG